UUAUUAGGAAUCUUCUCAUUGCGUUUCACAAGCUGUGCAGUUCUAGAUCUUUAAUGUAAGGCCACCACUGAGUAAUAACACAGUCUUUUUGUUCCGAUUUAAAUGGUAGCUCACUGUGCUAAUGACUGGGGAAUGCAUCAGCAUGUUUCUUCAUCUUUACAGCAUGGAUCUGUGAGCUGGAUCUUGUGCAACAUGAGUUUAGACUAAUGCUGAAUCUUGUAAACCAGAUGGUACUGAAUCAGGUGGUGCACCAGAGCAGGACUGUGGAAUUUACUUCAUUAUAGAGCUGGCUUUUAUGGAAGAUUCUAAUCAAAGUAUAUUGGCAAAAGAAAAAUAAUAGCAUAGAUCUGGGUGAAGCAGUUCUCCUUGAAAUAUCUAAGGCAAAUAUGAUUGUCUUCAAUUUCCCCAUGAAAACAGAUGCAUGAGAGUUCUAGCUGAGGAAGAUACUAGUGUUAGUUUGCAGAACCCAUCCAUUAGGACAAUCCUAUUAGAGAAAGAAUAGGGUGGGCUCCAAUCACUGAGAGCUUUAUGAAAUUUUUAUAAGAAGUGAUAUGAAAGGAGCUGAAAUGACCUUCUAAAGCGUACUGAGAAGAGCAAAUCCUGGCUAACGUCCACAUCACACCCUGGUGUCCUCUGGGUGCUUGAGGAAUGGACAACACAUAAUGCAGAUUGUUCCACCUUUAUAGCUUUCCCUUCCACUCUCUACUGAAUGUAAGCUGGGAACGCUGCCCUCUGUUUUAAGUAUGCUAAAGGUAUUUUUGCAACAGAUAGAAAUGCAUAAUCAACAUCGACAAGGAAGUUUUGGAAAUGGGAUAGAAAGAUCAGGAGUUCUGUGGCUCCGAGGGAUGCAGAGAGCGCAGGGCCUUGAACUGUUCCCAUCAGAGGCAGCCAGACUUCGGAGACCGGCGAGAAUAUGCGUCUCACUUCAGUCCCCCUCGUGGGCAAGAUUAGAAGUGACUUUGAAUUUUGUGGUGUGAAAGAAUUGACUUUACAGCACUGAAACGAUAAUCCUGAGCAGUGGCAACAACACGGACUAAACAGGCGUUCUACAGUAACAGGCAUUGCAGCUUAGCUAAACUAGGUGGUGGAAAUAUUCCUCUUAGUUGCCAACAGAAUUCGGCAUCCACCUCACUGGGGUAAUUUACUCCUCUUACUGCUUUGUUUUACGAUAUUUGUUAGUGUUAGAAUACUGUGCUACGUUUGGUGGCUUUAAUGAUUUCCUUUGCAGUGAGCUGGAUUGCAAGACUGUGUGUAUAUUUUUGUGUAGCAACUAUCUGCUGUCACUUCAUUCUUUGACAGGAUUCUUUGUGGCUGGAUGGUCCUGAUGAUACAUCACAUAACAUGUGAAGGGGAUUGGCAAAAUUAUUGCAAUAUAAACGUCUCAUAAAAAAGAAAAUGUUUCCUCAGUAGACAGGAGGCUUAAGAAGAGGAACUCUGAAAGUGCUAUAUUUCUGUUUUACAAUCUCUCUCCAGUUCUGGUGGGUAGGUGAAACGCUUGAUCUAAGUACCUGGCCGAUUUCCUUUCAAGAGCCUAUGAGCUGCAUCCUGAACGAUAUGGAAAGAGCGACUCUGCUUUGGUUUUUCACCGUGUGAGAUUUAAAACAAAAAGCUAAUACCAGACCACAAAGGGAGUCCAUGACAAAGCACUAAUUUUUUUUUAAAAGGUUUAAAAAGCAUUACCACUGUUCUAAGGGUCAAGAAAAGGAUCUCUCCCAGCUGUAAAGAUGUGAUUUGAUGAGGAUUCUUUUCAACAUAGCUUGUAUAAACGAUACUGAUUGAUGGACAGGCUUCUGUAAAAUGAUACUGUGUCAGUUCAGCGCUUUCUAAAGUUUUCGUCUUGUACCUUGUUUUAUGCUUCAGAAUCCCUCACAAGUUAAUGAAUGCAAAACGCUGCUCAGAGAGAUGAGCUGAAUCUUUGGCUUUGUGUAAAAUUGUCAUCUGCUGAAAACUGCAUUCACAUACUCCUCCUUUGUUUGUUUUUUAGGUUUCUAGCCCUGGAUCAUCCAUUGGUCAGAUCACGCCAGCCACAGACCUGCUGUCAUGUCCAAGUUAAAGAGCUCCGAGUCUGUUAGGGUGGUGGUACGAUGCCGGCCAAUGAACAGCAAAGAGAAGGCUGCUUCAUACGAAAAAGUUGUUAAUGUGGAUGUCAAGUUAGGGCAGGUUUCAGUGAAGAAUCCAAGGGGAACGUCUCAUGAACUGCCUAAAACUUUCACCUUUGAUGCUGUGUAUGACUGGAAUUCCAAACAGGUGGAACUCUAUGAUGAGACCUUUCGACCUCUUGUGGACUCUGUUUUGCAAGGGUUUAAUGGGACGAUCUUUGCAUAUGGGCAAACUGGGACAGGGAAAACAUAUACCAUGGAAGGAGUGCGUGGUGAUCCUGAAAAAAGAGGGGUCAUCCCCAACUCAUUUGACCACAUCUUCACCCACAUCUCUAGAUCGCAAAAUCAACAGUACUUAGUUAGAGCUUCUUAUUUGGAGAUAUACCAAGAAGAAAUCAGAGACUUGUUAUCAAAGGAUCAAUCCAAGAGGCUGGAGUUGAAAGAGAGACCAGACACAGGGGUAUAUGUUAAGGAUUUGUCCUCCUUUGUUACAAAGAGUGUCAAAGAGAUAGAGCAUGUCAUGAAUGUGGGAAACCAAAACCGCUCUGUUGGCGCCACCAACAUGAACGAGCACAGCUCUCGUUCUCAUGCCAUUUUUGUGAUCACUAUUGAAUGCAGUGAGUUAGGACUUGAUGGAGAGAACCACAUCCGUGUCGGAAAACUUAACCUGGUAGACCUUGCAGGCAGCGAGCGCCAAGCUAAGACUGGAGCGCAGGGGGAAAGGUUGAAGGAAGCUACUAAAAUCAAUCUCUCCCUUUCAGCUUUGGGCAAUGUUAUAUCUGCCCUAGUAGAUGGCAAAAGCACACACAUUCCAUACCGGGACUCAAAACUAACUAGGCUUCUCCAAGACUCUUUAGGUGGCAAUGCCAAGACUGUGAUGGUGGCCAAUAUAGGCCCUGCCUCUUACAAUGUAGAGGAAACUCUUACAACACUGAGAUAUGCCAACCGUGCCAAAAACAUCAAAAACAAGCCAAGAGUGAACGAGGAUCCUAAGGAUGCCCUGCUACGAGAAUUCCAGGAAGAAAUUGCUCGACUAAAGGCACAAUUGGAAAAACGGUCUAUUGGCAAAAGAAAGAGGAGGGAAAGGAGGAGAGAUGGUGGGGAAGAGGAGGAGGAUACUGAAGAAGGUGAGGAUGACGGGGAUGACAAAGAUGACUAUUGGAGGGAACAACAAGAAAAGCUGGAAAUUGAAAAGAAAGCUAUUGUUGAGGAUCACAGCUUGGUAGCAGAAGAAAAGAUGAGACUGCUGAAAGAGAAGGAAAAGAAAAUGGAGGACCUGAGGCGAGAGAAGGAAGCAACAGAAAUGUUGAGUGCUAAAAUCAAGGCAAUGGAAAGCAAACUUCUAGUGGGAGGGAAAAAUAUUGUGGAUCACACAAAUGAACAGCAGAAAAUCCUGGAACAGAAACGGCAGGAAAUUGCAGAACAGAAACGUCGGGAGCGAGAAAUCCAACAACAGAUGGAAAGUCGGGAUGAGGAAACUCUGGAACUGAAGGAGACCUAUAGUUCUCUACAGCAAGAGGUGGACAUAAAGACCAAAAAGCUCAAAAAGUUAUUUUCCAAGCUGCAAGCUGUGAAGGCAGAGAUCCAUGAUCUCCAAGAGGAGCACAUCAAGGAGCGUCAGGAACUGGAACAGACCCAGAAUGAGCUUACCAGGGAAUUAAAGCUAAAGCACCUGAUUAUUGAAAAUUUUAUUCCACUGGAAGAAAAGAAUAAGAUCAUGAACAGAUCGUUCUUUGAUGAAGAGGAGGACCAGUGGAAACUGCAUCCCAUAACCCGUCUGGAUAACCAGCAGAUGAUGAAAAGACCAGUGUCUGCUGUAGGAUACAAGAGGCCAUUGAGCCAGCACGCCAGGACGUCCAUGAUGAUUCGUCCAGAAGCCCGGUACAGGGCAGAGAAUAUUGUGUUACUGGAGCUUGACAUGCCCAGCCGAACAACUAGAGACUACGAGGGUCCAGCCAUUGCUCCCAAAGUUCAGGCUGCUCUAGAAGCUGCUCUGCAGGAUGAAGAUGAGAUACAGGUAGAUGCCUCAACCUUUGAGAGCACUUCAAAUAAAAAAUCAAAAUCCAGGCCUAAAACUGGAAGGAAAUCAGGGGGAUCCUCUUCAGCAGGCACCCAUAGUUCUCAGCUUUAUCCACAGUCACGAGGGCUGGUUCCAAAGUAAAACCAGCAAUUCCUCUCCAGGGCGUGAACAGCCUUUGCCUUCUGAGAGCAGAGUCAAGUAAAAACCUGCAGAGAGAACUCCCAGCCAGACUCCAAGCCCUUUCCCCUGGAGAUGGCCUCUUUGCUGUUUAACUGACUUGUGCCAGUCCAGGUGCAUUGAGCCACAGGAAGAUAUGUGCUUGCAAUUCAGCAUUUGGCCUCUGUGGGAAACAGAUUUUUAGUUAGGAAAUCAGAAAUGCAUGAGGUACGUUAAAGUGUAUUAGAAGCAAUGGGAAGCAUGGGGAUCACCUCACACAGCAUCACCGUCUCUCCUUCUGCUCUAGCCCUUUUGCUGCGCUGGGCUUUUUUUUUUUUUUUUUUUUUUUUUUUUUUUUUUUUUUGCUGUUGGGCAAUAAGAAGACAGAGUUGAAAGUCAUCUCAACAGAACCACCGCUACAGAACUUCAUAGUGAGAACGAAAUGAGGUUAAAAAGCAGAAGGUGUAUCCAAACUUGAGUAGGUGCUUAGUUUUUUCCUCUUCCUGCUUAAAAGACUGGCAUCAUCAUUUGGGGUUAAUACAUUGGUCUGAGCAGUCAGGAUGGCAGCUGUCAUCACGUGCUCACAGCUAGCUGUGCCUCCCUUUCAGAAACCUAGAACAAAGAAGGGUCUCGGAAGCAUCUUUGUGCUCUCUGGAAAGGAAGCAAUAGAAACUGAAAUCCUUUACUUGUUUACAGGCAUAAGUUAAGAGCUCCUCUAAACUGACCUCCUACAGACCUUACCCCGUCAAUAGGAACCACCUUGUCAACGAAUACAACUGCAUACCAGUGCCAGCUCCACAGCUAUCUUCCUCUCUCUUGCCUCCAUCUUUACCCCUGGCAUUUGAAACCAGUACCCAUGCUGAGUCUUUGAACUGUGGGGUGAUGUAUGGCCAUUUUCUCACAUCUCCCACUGUUCAUAUGAAAUGUAGCAUUGGCUUGGAGCUUUCUUCCUAGCAGGCUCAUAGGGCUGACUCUACUCUUCCCCUUUAGGCUGGGUAAAGAGCAUAGCACCAUAAAGCGAAGCUAUCUUUAAGUGCACUGUUCUUGUGAGUAUGGUCCCUCUGCUUGGGGUCUAAGGAGGUUCAGUAUUUGGUACCUUCUGUGCCUCGCCUGUUCCACGUUAGAACUUCUCCCUUUCCACCUCCCGGACCACUCGGGGCCUGGUAGGAGUGAAGGCCCUGUGUAACUGAGUCUGAGUAAUGGAAUCUGGUAUUAAUUCCAGGGGUUGUACUUUGAAACAAGGGAGGAAGAACUCCUGCUUUCGAUGGCCUCCUCCUAAAGGCUUCCCUAUGAAUAAGCAGGCUGCUGUAAUGCUGCAGGCUUGUGUGGCAGGGUAGAGGGAAGUGGAACUGCCCUGUUGAAGACAGAGUAAGGUGUUCCUGUCUAGUGUCUCACAGCUCAGUUGUAAGUUUUAGUUCAUUGUAUAUUGAGACUUGGGAUGUUACUUUUUCUGGUUGCUGUUGGCUGUCAUCCUAUGAAUGUUUUUACCUGUUUCCUCUCCCUCACUGAUGACUUCCUCCAGACUGACAUGUGUGAGUGUAUGAGGACUUGCCUGGUUUUAGAAAUGCUCUGAUGUAUGGACUCUACCUUGUGUGCUCGUUAAGUAUCCACUGAGUGACUUCGUCCAGGCUGGAGAACUCCAUUGUAUCUGACUCCCAUGAGCAGAAAGAACUGAACACUCAGCACAGAGCUCACCUCUGCAUCUUGCGGGCAUGAUGCCUCGGUGAGCCAGCUGCCCAGGUGGGCCCGGGUUAAAUUCUGACUCAGCUGCUUUGAUUCAUGGAGUACUUUUCUGGAUCACGAGAUUAAUAUAUAUUUUUUAGUUUUGGUGGAGGAAAGAGGAGUUUGCCUGUAGUUGAAAGAGUAGCCAUCGGACAAAUUUCUUUCAACCUGGAAUGGAAACCUGGCCUAAUCUUUCUUUCUAUAGUCCACUGUUUGUGUACGAAGAGUCUUUUAAUUGGCUCUUGUUGCAUAACGUAGUGUCAUCUUCUUUCCCUCUAGCACAUAAUCUUCUGUACUUCAGCGUUUUAAAAGAUAAUUGUACGGCUUAAGUGCUCAGAAAAUGGAAACGAAACAAGGGGCAACAUAAUACAUAUACACAUAUGUGUACCUAGAUAUGUACACAUAUGUUUCUAUAUGAAUAUGCAUGCACAGACACAAUGGUGUUUGCACAUGUGUGCACUACUUCAGUCACUGCUUUUCCAUAGGGAAUUUGAUAUUAAAAGCUGAAAACUCACCUUGUGGCAGGAUUGGUACAGUGGAAAUCACAGUGCAAACCUAAACUGUUCUUGUUUUAGUGUUAAUAAGCUAGCUGGUUAAUAUGUCAGAAAGGCUCUGCUUUUAAUUUUGUAGAAAUUCAUUAGCAAGGUGAAAGAAAUUCAAUAGGAUGGAAAAAUAAUAAAAUUGGAUGUUUAGUCACUGUAUUUAAAUCGGAGCUGUGGAUAGAGAGGUGGUUAGUGUAUUCAUGGGCAAUCUCAGAUUGUUACAGAAGCUUAGAUUCUCAUGUUGAUUGACUUACCCGUGAAUAGAUACUCAGUGGCAAUGAUAUUAAGAUAAAAUAUAUUGUCAUAGCCCAACAAAACGCACUGAGUUCUGGCUUGAAGUUUCUAAAAAAUGAUCCUGCCAAGUUUGCGUCUCUCUGGGUGUUAUCUGAACCAUCUGGGCUUCCUGCAGGUUAACAGCCAAAGACAGGAAAUCCAGCAGACUCCUGGAAGAGGCCCUUGGACAGUGUGUGCAAUCAUAGUCUCUUCACAGGAAUGUUUAAUAUCCUUCUCAUUUUUGCUCUGAUCUGUAUAAUGGGAUCUAACUUUUUUUAAAAGUUACAUGCAGUAAAAGUAGGUCUUUGGCUCUGGGAGCAAGCACCAUGUGAAAACGAAGCGUAAGAAUUAAAGCACUUUCUUAAAAUUCUUAAUAUAGGUCUGAUGGCUUUUUAAAAAAUAUAUGCAUGCUGCUUGAAUCUUCAAAAAUACACACAUCUAGCCUGGCAUUUUGGACUACAUCGAUGCAUUAUACAGAUCAGGCUUCUGUUCAAGAGUAUUUUUUGGUUUUUUUUUUUUUUCUUUUGAUGUAGUAAGUCUGCCUCCACUGAAAACAGAGUGUUUGCCAACUUUCAGAGAGACACCUCUAAACUGGAUCUAUCCUCUCUUCUCAUCUAUAAUGUUUACCAUGCACCAGGGUUUAAAAAGAGCAGUGUGACUCUUGUGGGUCUGUUUCUGCUGUGUUAAUACACAAAUCGGAAGACCAUAACCUGCAAAAGCCGUAAUUAGACACUGAGAUGGAACUGAGUGAGAACACUCGUCCUGUUUGCGCUGCGCUGUACGAUGGUGGGUUUAAUGCUCUGUGGUCUAGGUGCUUAUUACCUUCUUC